UCGAGCCUCUGGAAGCCUCAUAUGUGGCAAUUCCAACUUAAUUAUUAUGAGGGCAGAAGAGGAUGUUAUUCCAGAUUAAAGAAUGUAAUGGCAGUGUCCGUUUCUCUGGAAAAGAAAGUUCUCCUCUCAUGCCGCUUUUAUUUUUAAUCUCCAUUCCCUCCCCAUAUUUACUUGGAUUAAGAGUCUCACUUUUUUUCAGUGGGAUGUUUCCAAAUAAGUAUUCCUUGUUAAACGAUCCUCCCCUCAAAUGCAAAUAUAGACCUUACAAUUCGGCAACUUUUCUCCCCGAAGAACACUGUAAUCGUUCGCAGACCAUCUUUUCCUGGUUCCUACUCCUCCACUUCCCGCCAAUAUCUGACGACCCUCGCCAGGGAGGGCAAAGCGACUUGCCCAACUCCUUUGGAGGCAACUGACCGUGCAAGAGGAUGCCUGCCUGCCGUCCUCCAUCCCCGUGAGCAUGGAGGGGACUCCCAGCAGGCAGGAGUCGGAGAAGAUGGCCGGAGCCGAGGCGGGGCUGAGCGCAGCCGGGAUCUAUGCGCAGCCGGGGGACCCAGGAGCUGCUGCGGCAGUAGUAGCAGCCGCCGCCGCGGGGCCGGGAGAGGAGUCGUCGGACAGCGAAGGGGAGCACGAGGGGCCCCAGAAACUCAUCCGCAAAGUGUCCACCUCAGGCCAGCUGCGGAGCAAGACCAGUAUAAAGGAAGGAAUACUUCUGAAGCAAACCAGUUCUUUUCAGAGGUGGAAAAAACGAUAUUUUAAACUUCGGGGACGUACUCUUUACUACGCCAAAAAUUCAAAGUCCCUAAUAUUUGAUGAAGUUGACCUGUCAGAUGCCAGUGUUGCUGAAUCAAGCACAAAAAAUGUCAACAACAGCUUCACGAUAAUCACUCCAUUCAGGAGGCUAAUAUUGUGUGCAGAGAACAGAAAAGAGAUGGAGGAUUGGAUCAGUUCACUGAAGUCUGUGCAGUCCAGAGAGCAUUAUGAGACUGCACAGUUUAAUGUGGAACAUUUCUCAGGGAUGCACAACUGGUAUGCCUGCUCCCAUGCUCGACCCACCUUCUGUAACGUGUGCAGGGAGAGCCUUUCUGGAGUUACUUCCCAUGGCCUGUCCUGUGAAGUAUGCAAAUUUAAGGCUCAUAAAAGAUGUGCAGUCAGGGCAAUAAACAACUGCAAAUGGACUACAUUGACUUCAAUUGGGAAAGACAUUAUUGAGGAUGAAGAUGGUGUAGCUAUGCCUCACCAGUGGUUAGAAGGAAAUCUGCCUGUCAGUGCCAAAUGUGCAGUCUGUGACAAGACCUGUGGUAGUGUUCUGCGCCUGCAAGACUGGAAGUGCCUUUGGUGUAAAACAAUGGUGCACACUGCUUGCAGAGAUUUGUAUCCUCGCAAGUGUCCACUUGGCCAGUGUAAAGUGUCCAUUAUCCCUCCUACAGCACUGAACAGCAUAGACUCCGAUGGAUUCUGGAAAGCCACAUGCCCACCAUCUUGUGCCAGUCCUCUUUUGGUUUUUGUUAAUUCGAAGAGUGGAGACAAUCAGGGAGUAAAAUUUCUCCGAAGAUUCAAGCAGUCACUAAAUCCUGCUCAAGUGUUUGAUUUAAUGAACGGAGGACCUCAUUUAGGCUUACGACUAUUUCAGAAGUUUGACAAUUUCCGAAUCCUUGUGUGUGGAGGAGAUGGAAGCGUUGGUUGGGUGUUAUCUGAAAUAGAUAAACUCAACCUACACAAACAAUGUCAUUUGGGAGUGUUACCCCUUGGUACAGGAAAUGACCUUGCCCGUGUCCUUGGCUGGGGAGGGUCAUGUGAUGAUGACACUCAACUUCCUCAAAUUUUAGAAAAGUUAGAACGGGCUAGCACAAAAAUGCUAGACAGAUGGAGCAUAAUGUCAUAUGAACUGAAAUUAUUGUCAAAGAAAUCGAUUCUUCUGGGUACUCCAGAAGAGGAGUCUGAGGAAUGUCAGAUAUCUGCAUAUGAGGAUUCAAUUGCUGUUCAUCUUGCUAAGAUCCUUGAUUCUGAUCAACACUCAGUUGUCAUAUCAUCUGCCAAGAUAUUAUGCGAAACUGUAAAAGGUUUUGUUGCCAAAAUAGGAAAGACCUGUGAAAGACCAAUGGAAAAUGCAGAAGCAGAUGCUAUAGCCAUUAAAUGUUCAGAACUGAACAAGAAGCUAAACAUGUUGCUUCAGGCCCUUCAUGCUGAAGCCCAGGUUACUCCUGUACUGCCACAGAUCACUCCCCCCAUUGUAGAGGAAGAAGCCGAAGAGUCAUCAAGUGAAGAGUCUCUAUCUGAUGUGAAGGAACAGCUGACAGAGAGCAACACAAUGCCUCCCCCUCCCCAGAUUUUCAAGCCACGAGAACAGCUAAUGCUCAGAGCAAACAGUCUAAAGAAGGCGCUAAGGCAGAUCAUUGAACAAGCAGAAAAAGUUGUGGAUGAACAGAAUGCCCAUACAGAAGAGCAAGUAAAUCAGUCACCAAUUGAAUAUAGUAAGGAAUUGGAUGAAUUCAAGGAAGAGGAAAAAGAAGAAGAUACUAAAGAAUCUGACUCUCAACCAAUUAAAUCUGCUCCGAAAUCUCCAGACGGACAGAGAAGUCGCAUUCCUUCACAUACAAGUUCAUUUUCAGGCCCAGCCUGCACACCCAACAAAGAAAACCUUCCAGUACUGAACACAAGGAUAAUUUGCCCAGGUCUAAGGGCAGGUCUAGCUGCCUCUAUUGCAGGGAGUUCCAUUAUCAGCAAAAUGUUACUAGCAAACAUUGAUCCAUUUGGUGCUACACCUUUUAUUGAUCCUGAUCCAGAAUCACUGGAAGGAUAUUCAGAGAAGUGUGUCAUGAACAACUAUUUUGGCAUUGGAUUAGAUGCAAAAAUUUCAUUAGAAUUUAAUAAUAAACGAGAAGAACACCCUGAAAAAUGCAGAAGCAGAACAAAGAACAUGAUGUGGUAUGGUGUGCUUGGUACUAAAGAAUUAUUACAACGAACCUACAAGAAUUUAGAACAAAAAGUUCAACUUGAGUGUGAUGGGCAAUAUAUCCCACUCCCAAGUCUUCAAGGCAUCGCUGUUUUGAAUAUCCCAAGCUAUGCUGGUGGGACUAAUUUCUGGGGUGGAACCAAGGAGGAUGAUAUAUUUGGGGCACCAUCAUUUGAUGAUAAGAUCUUGGAAGUUGUUGCAGUAUUUGGCAGCAUGCAAAUGGCAGUUUCCCGCGUUAUCAAGCUACAGCAUCAUAGGAUAGCCCAGUGCCGGUCAGUAAAGAUCACCAUACUUGGAGAUGAAGGGGUUCCAGUGCAAGUAGAUGGAGAAGCAUGGAUCCAGCCUCCAGGAAUUAUUAAAAUUGUCCAUAAAAACAGAGCUCAGAUGCUAACACGAGAUAGAGCAUUUGAAAGUACCUUGAAGUCUUGGGAAGACAAACAGAAGUGUGAUCCCUGCAAACCAGUCCUGAGAUCUCCUUUGUACCCUCAACAGGCUGUGGAGCUAGUUACGGAAGAAGAAGCUUCUCAGAUCCAGUUGUGUUCUCUGGCUGCUGAUGAACUGAUUACCAGAAUCUGUGAAGCUGCAAAAAUACAUGGCCUACUGGAACAAGAACUGGCUCAUGCUGUAAAUGCAUGUUCUCAUGCAUUAAACAAAGCCAGUCCAAGAUUUCCUGAGAGCCUUACCAGAAACAUUGCCCUUGAAGUAGCUAUCAAUGUAAAGGUAUUGCACGAUGAAACUGGAUCCUUGCUAGUAGGAAGGGUUCCUUUGCAGUUAGAAUCCCCUCAUGAAGAGCUGCUCUCAACAGCUGUGCACAGUUUGGAAACUGAAUUAAGAAAACUUGCUGAAAUUCCUUGGCUUUAUUAUGUUCUUCAACUGAAUGAUGAUGAGGAUCCUCCUUUGGAAUAUGCUAAAAGAAACAACAGAAGCACAGUAUUUCGGAUAGUGCCAAAGUUUAAAAAGGAAAAGGUUCAAAGACAGAAAGCCAGCUCUCAGCCUGUUCAAAAAUGGGGCACAGAUGAAGUUGCUGCUUGGCUGGAUCUGCUCAGUUUGGGAGAGUACAAAGAAAUCUUCAUCAGCCAUGACAUCCGAGGCUCUGAGCUUUUGCACCUGGAAAGGCGAGAUCUUAAGGACCUGGGGAUAACGAAAGUGGGUCAUAUGAAGCGAAUUCUCCAGGGAAUUAAAGAACUUGGCAGGACCACACCUUUGUCUGAAGUGUAGCUAUACUGCUGCCACUUGAAAGAAGAAAUGCUACUUAUGCAAAGCUGUGGAGGCACAUGACCCUCUGUGUAGGUUAUUCCAUGGAUGAGUGAGCAUCAGUAUGUGAUGUGCAUGUUGUGUCUGUGAUGUUGCUUUACAAAAAGUCUGAUGUGAGAAUUUGAAAGGUUUUGUGUGCAUAAAGGUCUGUGAAGUAUUGUGAAGAACAGUUCAAAUGUGUACAUGUGGGUAAAAAUGCUGGCUAGGUGGUUAAUGCAUUGCCUGGCAAGGGUAAUCAAGACAUGAUUGCAUUUCCUACUUAUAUGGAGGUCUCUCAGUGCCACAACAAAUAAUGAAAAGAGAUAACUGGGUCUGAAAAUUUCCUGAGGCACAAGUGGAAUUUCUUGCACAAGUGUUGGAGAGACUGAUCACAUAUGGGUUUUUAGGUGACACUGAUACCUCAGCAACCCCUCUCUUUCUCUCACUGGCUAAGAAAUAAGGCUAGAGCCAUGUCCUACACCACAAAUGCAAACUAUAAUGCAUGGUUUGCCUGCCUGAACUCUUGCCUUUUUGUUGCAUGAGAUAUCUGAUAUUUUACACACUUGAACAACUUUUAUAUCUGUUUUAAUAAGAUUUAAUUUAUUACUACUCUGUGUCGUUUAAAUACUUUUCUGUUGUUACUUGUUACCUAAAUGCGUCACGAGGCAAAGACUAUUUAGCUAUAAACAUCUCUGCCAUACUCAGCAAGGGAUAUGUGCUAAAUAUGGAAAGUUUCUGUGCUCAAAGUAUUUUAAAGGCUGGUACCUCAUGAAAUUAUGAGUUGGCUCCCAAAAGACAGAAUUAUCAUAACAUUUCCUUAUAGGAUAUAAAAUAUGCAGUGUUUAUCUCUUAUAGCUUCUCUUAAGGCAAUUGCUAGUUUACCUUGAAUAUCUGAACUUCAGCACUGAGUAUAUCGUGAUGAUAGCUAAUUCAGAUGUGACAGCCUAAUUGUGUGCAGUGACCUAAAAUUACUUCAUAUUGAAGGUAUCCCUAUCACUAGGACCAAUUUUGUGAAUAUCAGGGCUUGAUUCUGCAAUUUUUAUGAAGUCAAUAAAAAGUAUUGUUAAGAUGUAUUAUUCAGUUGAUCAUCACAAGGCAUGUCUUUCCUGUAUAUAUCAAGUAAAAACUUUUUUCACUAUAGAAAUUAAUAUCCAGAAAUAUUUAAUGCCUGGAAUAUGUGUGAAGUAGGGAUGUGUAAAUUGUUUUGAAAGUGAAUUGUUUUGACUAGAAACAAACCAUUUGUUUUGAGCUUGAAACAAAACACCCUUUAAAUAAAUUGCCUGUUUCAAAGCCCUGUUUUGAUUCGAGAUGUUUUGAGCACCAUUUUGGAGGCCUGUUUUUCCCUUGCUGAUUGGUUUUCAGACACAGGCUGCACAUUGGCUUGCAGUCCUGUGGGGGUUUGGGGAAAAGGUUAAAAAUUUGUUAAAAGUCACCCGCUUGACUGUUUCUUUUGUGGGUUGGAUGGUAGGAGGCACCAUCAUGCCCUACAACCUAACCCACUUUGGUGUCCCGAUAGUGUCUCCAUGGGGAACAAUGGGGUGUUUCAAGUUUCCCCAUUGUUCCCUAUGAGCAAAACACUCUAAACAUUUCAGCCAUCUGCAUUUUGUUUCAAGCUCGAAACAAAACUGCACAAUCCAUUUUGUGCAUAUUCCUAGUGUGAAGCCUGGGUUUUUUUAGUGCAGUUGUUAAUGAGGACCAGUGAAUUGGUUUAAGAAAUGUUUGAUUGACUUAAGAACUCUAACCCCUUUCUAAAAUAUGUUACAACACGUAUGUUUUUGUAUCUUAAUGGAGGCAGAUGACACUUGGGUGUCAUGUAAAAGCUUUUCACAUUAUAAAGGAGCAAUAUCAAGAACUGGGCCUUAAAUUGAUUUGUAUCACAUGUUUUUAGAUUGUCCAGUAAUGAAAAGCAUCAUCAUAAAGAUAAUGGCUCACAUACUGUGCAAGGCAACAUGGGCAGUUGGAGAACUGCCCACAUGGCUACAUCUGUGUAAACAACAUUCCUGAUGGUGUUGUGCAACAGCGGGGCUACCACUCUGUUGUAAAGUUGUGCAAAUGCAGUUGCGUGAUACAACACUCAUUUCCUAUGAACAUUGCGCAACUACAUUUGCACAAUUUUGCAAUGGAGCAGUACCCCCUGUUGCGCAACACCGCCGGCGGUGUUUACAUAGAUGCCACAGCAUGGUCAGUGCUCCAGCUGCUCCCAUUGCUUGGUGUGAUAGGUGAGCCAGCAUCUGAUAGAAGACAGAUAAUAUAUCUAUCCUCAUAAUAUAUGCCCUGCUUUACGCUACUGCUUUAGCUGCAGUGAGAAAUAGGGGAUCCUGAGAGAGGCAAUCACAUCUCCUUUGAAUGUGGUUCAUUGUGGCUUUGAAAGAAUUUGACAGAUCAAAUAGAUAUUAGUGCUCCUCAGAGCCAUGACUCAUUUUAUCACUCAAAGUAGGCAGAACUUUCCACCAGAGAUGUAGUUGCACAUAACCUACUUCACAGGGUGGUUGUGAGGAGAAACUUAAGGAUGUAGUACACCCUGCUCUGGGCUCCUUGGAGGAAGAGCAGGCUAUCAAAUGUAAAAAAUAAAAUAAAAUAAACAACAUUAAGCAUUAAAAGAUUUCAAAAUUGAUACUGAAUCCUUUAUUAUUCAGAUGAAAUGUUAAACGCACACUGAAAUAACUGGUUCUGUAGAGAGCAAGAUAAGAUGUGCCAUUAAUGUUCCUCAUCUAAAAGUUGUGCUGUCGAGUCGGUGUCGACUCCUGGCAAUCACAGAGCCAUGCGGUUUUCUUUGGUAGAAUACAAGAGGAGUUUACCAUUGCCAUCUCCUGCACAGUGCCUGAUAUAGGUGUUUCCCAUAGUCUGGGAAACAUACCAGCAGGGAUUCGAACUGGCAACCCUCUUGCUCCCUAGGCAGGUUACUUCCCCACCACGCCAUUAAGUGGCUGUCCCUUAUUUACUCAUGUCCAAUUACUUAUAAAAAGAAAGUCAUUGCCUUUCCAAUAGAAGAACCGAUUCUCAGAUUUUCUCUUACUUAUUAAAGAUCAACAAAUGUUUCUGUUUUUUUACACUUCCAUUUAAUUCCUUAUUUUAAAAUAGAUUUUCAGCUGUUCUUUAUAGAAAUAUUUCAGAUUAUUUAAAAAUGACAAUUUUCUGGAGGAAAUUACAGUUGCAAUAGUAAAUUAUAAUUCAGAAAAAAAAUCUAGUCCUUUUUAUAGUGGCUCUACUCUGUAGGAGCUUUGUGCAUAAAGAUUACUUACACAAAAAGGCUUCCUCAUAAUAUUGGAGGUAUCUCUAUGAAGACAAUAUGGUGCAAACAAAAUGAAACACAAUAUUUCUACCAUGUCUGAAAGAGAUCAGUCAUUCAUUCUGGCCUUGAUACUGUUAACGAACAGUAUAUUGGCUAGAAUACAGGCAGUUUGUUUUUUUUAAAAUGUGAAUGUUUAGUAUUUGAAAUAGAAUUUCCUCCAGUUUUUCCAAAUGGCUUAACUAGACAGAAUUUCACAUGGUUAAAAUUCUCACAAAAACCUUGUUUUUUUCUUAUUCCAUGCAUUAACUCAACAGUUGCCAACAAAUUUCUAAAUCUAUUGUACUGCUUCUUGCUUUUCAACUGGAAUAAUAGAUGUCAAGCCACUUCAUGAAAAUUGCACUAGGCCCUAACCAUAUGUACAUUGUUAUUAUUUUUUACAUGUAUAGAUAAACUUAGUUUUGUUAUUAUGGCUUUAGCCUUCUAUUUUGUUUGCAUAGGAUUCCAGUUUAACACUUAAUACAUCACCUAAAUAAAUAGAUGAAUGAGAGGGUAUUUGGUCUUUUAAAAUGUUUGUUAAAAAUUUGAAAGAGUAUAUUGUAUGUAGAUACCAUGUUAGAUAUAUGAGGUAAAAAGACAGAAUCAAUAUUGUUUGAUUCUUCAUAUUUAUGGUUGCACUAUUUAUCACUCUUUGUUUAUAUCAUUGUCUGGACCGUUAACUUUUACAUAGUGUUAACAUGCUUGACAGUUCUGGUAACUGAAAACUGGUUGUUUAAAAGAGUUUUUUUAAAAAAAUAUUUGUUUAUAAAAUUAUGUCAGAUAAAUUGUUGGGGAAUGGGUAAUAUAGAAUAAUAUAUUGAUGUUGCCACUGAAGAAUUACCCAAUAAAAGCUCAGGAGUGGUAUUCUAAUUGGAAGUUGCUUCUAUGAAUGUUUAAUAAUCUAAGCAAAGUGAAGCACAUAUAAAUCCCAUUGUUUUCAAUGGAGGAGAGUUAAGCAAGUGCUUAACUUUGGCUGGAUCGUGCCCAAAUUAAACAUUCUGUAGUGCAUUGGCAUUAAUAUAAUGUGCAUUAACAUUUGUAAAGAAAAAGGUAAAAUUGUGCCAUCAAGUUGAUGUCGAGUUGACUCCUGGCAACCACAGAGCCAUGUGGUUUUCUUUGGUAGAAUACAGGAGGGGCUUACCACUGCCAUCUCCAUUUCAGAGUGCGAUUUGAUAACUGCAAAUAUUUGAGAAUGGGGUUGAUCUCAAGUGAGGCCGAUGCUGUUUAUCUCAACUGCUGCUUAUCCACUACAGAAAUUCCAAGCCUGUAUAACUAGUGAAAGCGCCAGAUUUGUAUUUGAUUUCUUUUUGCUUUAUAUAUUUCAAGUAUUUGGGCAAAAUAAAUGUGUGUGUCUCAUUACAAGCAGAAAAAGAUACAUGAUCCUACAUGUAAAAGAAAAUUCCUUGAUUCUGUCUCUUUCUGAAAUUCUAACAUCAUGAAGGAAUGGAUAGGAUUAGACAAAUAGGUUUUGGCUUGAUUCUCAGUUGCUUGCAUUAAAUUCUAUGGGACAAAGUAAGUGGGCUGCAGACAGCAAGGAUGGGAGCUACACGCCCUCCUCCCUCCCAGAAACUGCGGUCACUGGGGCAGAGGGCAGGCAUUUCCCUUGUGUUGCCUGUGAAUAUGUCUCUUUAUUUUCUCUCAUAUAAUUUUGAAUGUCUGCCAUUCACUCUUAUGGGGAAAAGUGAACCACAUCCCUUUGGAAUAAUUUGUAGUGGGGUCAAAACCUGCCUUUGACAGUGGAUGGUCUGACCUCCACUAAGAAGUACCCCUAAUUUUCUGACAACUGUUUGACUAGUAGAGGGCCUUUAUGUGAUCAUUGCUAAUAGAGGACCUUCAGUGAUUAGGGUUUUGGAAACCUCAGAAAAUAUAAAAUGUAGUGUGGAAUGAGUUUUUUGUUGAUGACAUCCUGACUAAUGGAGGUGUAAUGAUAGCCCCUCUAAGCACAUAAAUGCAGCAGGGCCUAUCAAGCCCUUGGAGAUGUUACCAGGCCAUGCUAAGCUUCACUGCAUGUGAUCCAAGGGCACCUCCGUGUGGUGUGCUAGGUACAUGGGUAUUUGCAUUUCAUAGUCCAGAGUGUACUAAGGUCCAUUCUGUUCCAAAGAUUUGGUUGUCUACUAGACUUUACAGAACAAAAAAAAAGCAUCCUUUUGCCAUGAAUCCCUGUUCUCUAAGAUCCCAGUAGGCAUUCUGCAUAAAUCUCUUGGGUAAUCCUUUGAGGAGAGACAAGGCCAUUUUGUUGCAGCAAGGAGAGAGGAUCUCUGCUCACCCAGACCAUAAACAGAAAAGCAACAGAUCACCUCAUUCCUGAACCUGUAAAUAACAAAUUAACAAUGCAACCCCCAGACACACACACACACAAGGCAACCAAAAGAAAAACCUCCAUUAAAGAUAAAAUGACCCGCUAAAAGAGCAAAGAAGGAAAAGAAGACAUGAUAGUAGGAACACCACCAGACCCAGGAGUCCUGCCAACAUGUCUAGCAAGGCAGAAGUCUGCAAAUAAAAACCAGCAAUAACAUGAAUUGUUCAUUAGUAAGUUAAGGUGUGGAGAAUGUCCUCCAGAAGUCCUGAAGAGCAUGAAUUCACAGUAAGAAUUUCCUUUUCAAUCAGAACUCCCAGACAAAGUGACAACAAUCUGUCUGAUGACAUGGAGCAGAGAGUGCAUUCCAGCUCUUGCAUCAACUUCCUUUUGCACAAAUCUGAUACCAACUUGGUUGACCCUGCCAGAUGCUUUGCUCUGAUUGAAGAGGGAUAAAUUGCUCUGAUUGAAAAGGGAUAAAUUUCUGAUCAGAGAGAAAUACAUGGCAGGGCCAGUCAGGCAUUCCAGCUAUUGCACUGGCCUCCUGAUGGAGCUCUGUGGAUCGAGUACUCCCUUGCGUGUUACAGGCUUUUGCAGACAUAUUGUCUGCCUGAAUGGGAAUGUCACUGUGAAGAAGCAAGACUGGAAUUUCUAGCAAGGCCAGUUUGCUCUGGAGUUCCAACCAAUUUAUGCUGUUCCGUGAUUCUGAGGACGACGUGAUUCUGUGAGUUGGGUCCUCUGUGUAUGAUCCCUAUCAGAACAGGCUAGUGUCUGUCAUGAUAGUUUGGCAUCUGUUGUGAGUCAGGUGACAAACUAAUGACUAAGUCAGGGAGAUCCAAAGGUCCUGUGGGAUGAGCCCAGUGAGCUAUCUUUUCCGGGACUGGAAGUAACCGCCCAUGAAUGGCAUUGCAACUAUCCCACCUUUCUAGGUCUACCCAGUGCUUGAAGCACACUUCCCCCAUCCCUGAUCUCCCCACCCAUUCCCAAUCUCAAGUUUCCUGUUUCCCCUGCAGCAUGCAAAGUGCACUGUCCUUUCCUUUCCCACGCACCUUCCCACUCUGCUCAUGCCUCUUCCCCCUUAUCACUCUUAGUGGCAGUGCACUAAGUUGCAAUUAAGUGAACAAUUCACCACCUAUGCUAACCUGCCACCUGAAAUUGGUGCCUCAUGGAGCCUUAUUAGUGGGCCACCUGUGCUCUCCACUAAUUCCUGGCAAAAGACCUUCUUGCCCAUGAGUUGUGCCGAGGCCAUGAGGUCUUCCCUCUUCAUUUCCCAUGCCUCCAAGGCUAGGACAAAAAUGUUGCUUUGAUUAUCUUUCAAGAGAAGUAUCUGUUGGACUGUAUCCACUAUCACAGCCAGGUGUUCCAAUCAUUUGCAACCAUUACAGGGAGCUCAUAUCCAGCUUGAUGAUGCUUCUGUGUUCUCUGAGCCAUGUUGUAUAGCUUCUAUAAUCCCUCUGGCUUUUGCCUCUAGAGGUAGAGCAAAUGAGGAUGCCAUCUAAGUAUGAAUAAAGACAUAUCACCUGCUAUCUCAGAUGAGUCACUGAUGGGACCAGGAUACCUCUGUGAGCUGAAAGGGCAGUGCCCUGUAUUCGAACAGCAUUUUGUGUACAACAUGGAGGUACCUUGUGUGUCUGGCAGAGAUACCUUCUGAUUGGUACAUAUAGGGAAGCCUUCUAUGGUUUUUGGGGUACAUGGUUGACUGGCAUCAGGAGAAGUGCUGUUUUUGAUUUAGAUCAAUGAGAGGGCUAUUCAGUUGAUACUCAUUAUGUCAAUAUUUUGUUGGUAUCCCAAGAUACAAACCACUUGGCUUUGUAUCCAGAAUAUAGUUUUGGUUUUGAAAUCAGCUUGUAAUCAUCUUUCUUAAUUGUAGAAAGGGACUUCUUUUUGUCCUUGGUUUCUACCAGGACUACAUUUGAUAGCUCUCAGAUAGCUUGGAAGUUGCAACAAAUGUGCCAGCUAGACAAGUCGGGGGGCCAGGAUUUGCAUCUCAAAUUCUCAUUCAGAUGUUCCUUCUGCAACAAUAUUGGAUGCCAUAGCAUUGGGAGGCAUCCAAGAAUGAACUGGUCAGAAAGGCUGCACACAGGAUUAUCUUUCUCAGAUCAUUCUUCACAUCUUUGGAUGAGCAGCCAAGUGCUGGCAGCUCCUCAAUCCAUGGUGAGGGUGUAAGGUUCUGGUCAUUAAUGAAAUUGGUAGCAGAGGCCCAAAGGCCAGAUCCAGUGUUUCAAAGCCCUUGCAAAGAAUGGCUUCCACCCGCAUCACUGGGGUCCUUAGGUCUGUAUUCAUUGCCUGCAGGCAUGACUCAUUUGAUGUCAGGGCAGCUGCUGGUGCAUGGAUUACUGGCAUCUUGGGAGUUCCAGGAGUACCUUGUACUUUGCUUCCUUGUGUGCUGAUCAAGCCUCACUCUCAGGCUUGGCUUAUAUGAGUUGUGUGGCAUGCCUUGGCCAAUAGGAGUGGAAUGACAUCCCCUGGAAAUAAUCUGUCUAGAUCAUGAGUGGAGAUCUCUUCAUCUUCAUCUAAGAGCUCAUCCACUUUCUUGUGACUUGAAGCAAAAGAAGCCUUUGAUCUGUCUGAUGACAGCUGUUGGGGGAACAAACUAUUUAGUGCAGGAAUUGUAUUAAUUCCUUGGCCUGCCCUGUAGGGAGGGUCAAAGCAAGGGAGGAGGUGUGAUCCAGGAAACCAUCAUUGCCAGUAGGGCCUUGCUUAUGAAUCUUGUGCCUGUGAUUAGCUAAAGAACAGAAAUCAGAAAAGGAGGGUCUGUUGCUUGAUCGGCUCUGGGAAGAGCUGCUGAUGGACUGGAGAGCUAUGACGGCUUUCAUGCUUGUGCCUAGACCUAGUCAAAGUGAAUACUUGCAUAGUAGAAUAAACAGCAACAGCACAGCAGCAAAAGCUAGAGAGUUGAGCCUGGUACACAUGACCUUCUGGCAGUGACUAGUAGAGCAAUCUGGGCUGAUACUUUGCUGGAAGAGAAACCAUUCAUCUGCAGGCUUCACCAUGGAGUUGGGUUCUUGCAGACCUUCUGAAAGGGACUGACUGAGGCUGAGUUCUGGUGAAGCUCUCUCCCCGACCUUCCCAAAAGUCAUAAAAACAGCCCAGCUGGAUCAGGCCUAUCUAAUCCAGCAUCCUGUUUCCCACAGUGGCCCACCAAAAUGCCUUUGGGAAGCCCAAAGGCAAGAGGUGAGGACAUGCCUUGUCUCUUGCUGUUGCUCCCCUGCAACUGGUAUUCCGAGGUGUCAUGCCUCUGAGGCUGGAAGUGGACCAUAUCCACCUGAUUUUAGUGCCAUAACUGGCACUUAGUUUCUAGUUUGUUAGUUGUGGGGAAACCGUUCACAUUUUUUUAAAACCUGAACACAAUUUACUGCAGGAUCCAUCCACUGAACCUGAUAUUUAAAGAAGAGUGACAAUUAAAUUUCUCUCUAUAUAAUAUUAUAUAUAUAUAUAUACUGUGUGUGUGUGUGUGUGUGUGUGUGUGUAUAUACACACACACACACACACAUAUAUAUACACAGUAUAUAUAGAGAGAGACAGAGAGAGUAUGCUGAUUAGAUUAAACAGUUUAGUUUACAUUAAAUGUAAAUAAAAUUUUAGAUUUUACCAUCUAUGUAUCUCAGUUGUGCAAAGGCACUAUAUGCAUGGUUAGCUUUAAAUGAGAGUCAUUGAAGGGUCUAAAUAUUAAAUUGAAAUGAAGCAUUCCUCUCAUGAAAAUUAAUAUUGUAAUGGUGGAAGCUGGAAUUCAUAAGUUUAUACACAAACAUAGUUGUGUGUGUGUUUGUAGAAUGUCAUGUAAACGUUCAUGUUGAGUGGGAAAUUACAUGUAGAGUGGGCAAUUUAAACAUACAUUAUGGAUAGCUUUUUAUAAUAGUUACUUUUGUAUUAAGAUGAAUGGUGAAAAUUUAUGGUUCAGAAUGUUUACAGACUGUUAGUUGCACCUAACUUUGCAUAGGAUCAGGCUGUUAAUAGUUUAGAUAUUUAUAACCUAUAGCUGAAGGGAAGAGUGCAUUUGACUGUCGCCAUGUGUGAUUUUCUGUAGGUUUUGAUUCUCUUGUUUACUCUGUUUUUUAAUGUGACUUCUUAAGGUAAGUGAAAUAGAAAUACUUUUUUUCAAUGUGAAAUUGGCAUGUCUUUUGUAACCUGUAAAGUUUGACACUGAUAUGCACUGUACAGCACACAUUACACCAUAUAGCCAUACAUGCACCAUUAUACCAUAUAAUACAAACUUUGAAAACCUAUGAAAUCUUACUAAGUUUUCUAAUGUGAAAAAUGUAUGUUGCCAGCAAAUAAAAUAAGCCUUCAUUGUGCUCCCCUAAAACAUUUCUUUCUCCAUUGUUUCCACCAUCUUGAAGAAUAUUUUUAUUUUUACAAGGAUGUUAUCUUAGUUCUAACAUCUGGCAUUAUGUACCCUGUUUCCCCGAAAGUAAGACCUACCCAGAAAGUAAGACCGGUAGUCUUCAUGUGGCUUCAGAAUAUUUCCAGCAUGCACUUUAAAAAUGAUGGGCACCAUUAGACUAGUUACUUAUAACUAAGCACCACUGAAAUAAAUGAAGCACAUUAUUCACGACUAACUUAAGUCCCAUUAAUUCCAGUGGGACUUAGUUCUGACUAAUUUAGUCUGAAUGUUGUCUGAUAUCAUCAACAAAAUGUCCAUAGAUUUAAAAACUGAGCGGGGGGGUGGGGAAUAAUGCAGAAAAAUGUUAAUACUCAUCCAAAGUUUGAUGGGGCUGGAUCCUACAGCCAUAUUCCAUGAAUGGGACUAUCCUCUUUAACAACAAAUCAAGCCAAAGCAAAUCAAUCCCAUUGAUUUCAAUGGAAUGGUUGCAUGCUUAAAUCUUAAAGUGGGAGAGGAGAGCUAGUCUUGUGGUAGCAAGCAUGACUUGUCCCCAUAGCUAAGCAGGGUCUGCCUUGGUUGCAUAUGAAUGGGAGAUUUGAUGUGUGAGCACUGCAAGAUAUUCCCCUCAGGGGAUGAAGCCACUCUGGGAGGAGCAGAAGGUUUCAAGUUCCCUCCCUGGCUUCUCCAAGAUAGGGCUGAGAGAGAUUCCUGCCUGCAACCUUGGAGAAGCCACUGCCAGUCUGUGAAGACAAUACUGAGCUAGAUAGACCAAUGGUCUGACUCAGUAUAUGGCAGUUUCGUAUGUUCCUAUCUUUCCGAUUGAAAUUAAUGAAAUUUAAAAGUGCUUACCAAGGCUUUAUUAUGCACUAGGUCUUUAAAUAAAUACAGGAGGAUCAGGUACUUUUGAUUCUGUGAAACAUCACUGAAUGAGCCUGAUUAGCCAGUCCCACUAUAAAUUUAGGAUUAUUCUAGAAUUAUCCAAUAUGCCAGAUAAUACUUGCUUCUUCCUGAACAUGGAAUGACUGCCCAGUGGAUCCCAGGCAUUGUGAAUUUGGGCCAGAAAAGCUUUGUUUUGUGCACUUUCACAUAACUGAAAUUGGUGCCAGUUCAAUUGAUGCUCAGUAUGAGCUCCCUCAAGUCUAAAUGUAUCCUAUAUGCAUUUAGUGACACCUGUUAGACCAUAGUUUGCACAUGGCAACCACCCCAGAUUUUGUAAAGCAAUUGUCCACACCUAUCUAUCUCCCAGCUAUCAUCUUCCUAAGUAUUUGAGAUCUAUUUUCCAAAUGCAUGUAGUUUAAAAUUGGUACCACAUUGGGUUGAUUUGGGGUUAAUCUGAUGGUAAGAAAAUGAAUUUAAUGCAAUAAAUCUGUGGGGCAUGAUAUAAAACAAUUGCUUCCUGAGUCCUUGCUGGGCAUGUGUACAAUGGGGGCAUUUUUCCCCUAAUAGCCAUAAAACAAUAAAUUAUAUUUUGUAUCUGAAAUAGUUGAAGCCAAGUCUGUGUAUUUUAGAGUGCCAAUCAUGAUCAUAAGGUUAGUAAGUAACUCCCAUAUAUGAUCAGAAGUCAAAAGCCUCUAAGACAAUAUGGCACUCAGUAAACAUAUCCCUGAUGUGCACAAAUAUUGAAAAGUAAUGACAGGGUAGUCCUGCCUGUGAAUGGUAAUUAUGCAAAUGGUUGGCUGUUCACCAAAGCAGAAAAUAUAUUCCACACUUCUUUUUAGUUUUGGUUUUCGCUUCUGUAAGGUAUGCUCUUUUCGGUUUUUUUUUUUAAUCAGAGUCAGCAAGUGAGUCACAAGCCCAAGGACCUGUGAACUCCACAAGCAGAUGGAAUUGCUCAUAUUGCUCAUAUAGCAACCUUAUUGUUCUUAUUGUCCAAUGCAUAUAUUUUACUGAGGAUAGUCUGAAAACUUUCAUUGAAAGAAGUCCCCCCACAACCCCAGCCAUACCUUAGAUGCUUGGGUGCAUACACUCUCUUUCAUUUGGUUUCUAUCUGCAUGUCUUUGCAAUCCUCUAAGUAAUCCUACUGAUUCAAUGGGCCUUAACCCCCCUAGUAACUUUGCAUAGGAUUGCAGCCUACAGUUGCAAUCUGAGCCCUGAGCCAUUUUUUCGAAGGGCGGUAUAGAAAUUGAAUGAAUGAAUGAAUGAAUGAAUGAAUGACUAUUUAGCAGCUGCACCCCUUGUUUAAUCUUUUAGGGCUCAUGAGUUUGUUUCCUUUGAGUCUUUAAUCAAAGUGGCUUCUUUCAUGACUGUGAGGACACAGGUGCAUAUGGUUAUAUAAAUGCCAUGAUAAUUCAGAUCAGAAAGUCACCAUGAGCAUAAUUGGAGAAAUCCCUAUUCAAGGGCCAGGCUUCUAUUCCCAGCUUGUGAGAUCACAAACAAUCUAAUGUUUCUGUGCUGACGUUUUUCCCCAUUUGGAAAAUAAGGAUCACGUUUAUCAGCUUAUUUAUAACACACUCUGGAAAUAUCUAUGUUAAAACUGCAAUUACUACAAAAAUAGGGUCUCCCCCCCAUUCUUACAAGUUUAUUGAUAUUGAUUAACCUAUUUUUGUUCAGGUAUUUGAAAACUUAUGGUUGUCUCUAGCGUGUGAUACAGACUCACUGCAACAUGGAUAGCUCCAUUGCAUUCAGUAGGCCAACCUUAGUGCAGGUACAGUAUUAAUUGACCAUAAGGCUGGCAGUUCUCAAAAUAUUUUGCCAGACCAGGCUCCUUUCAGCAUAGAGAGAUGUAUGGCAAUGGAACAUUCUGCUGAUCAACCUCUCUUCAGUCUGUGUGUGCUGUAAAAAGAAUUAAGUUUUUAAAUGUCUGACAAACUUGCCCAUGAAAUCUGUUGAGCAGAGGAUAUUGUAAGUUUCAAUUUUAUUUACAUGUAAUUGUUGAGGAGCAGUGAGUUUUGUUUGUUUACAUACUGUUUACAAUGGCACAGGUUUAUUUUUAAUAUAUACAACAAUUGAGGUAUUUAUUGCAUAUACUAUUUUGAAAGAUGUUUUAUGUGUUUUGCACCUUUGGGAUAUACUGUUACAUGUGUAUAGAAUAUUUGGGUGACUGUUAAUAGUAAUUUUAUUACUGCUAAGUGACCGUUUUUCUGUGCCUUCUUAUUAUUGGAUGUAUGAUUAACUAUUUAUUAUUGGAUGGAAGUCAUGGAGAUGUGUAUUUUUGUACGCUGCUAGAAGCAAUGGUUGAUUUUAUUGUACAUUUAUGAGAGAUGCCUCUCUUAAAAGGCACUUGUUUGAUCUUCCUACUCAAAUAAACAGAUGCAUACAAUCGCAAUAAAUACUUUGAAUUUUUGUCUGAAAA